AGCCAACCUCACCAUAGUAGGAAGCGAUUUGUAAAUACGCCUCCCUCUAACCAAAGCUGUCAAAGAGUGCACGGGAUCGCAGUAAACAUUGAGCAGAGGUGCUUUUCCAUAUGUUAAACGUACUUAAGACACUUUUUACGAAACAAAGCAAUACUUUAACAGUAAUUUAGGCACUUAUCCGGGUGGAUAGAAAACUCCUGAGCGCAGGUUAACUGGACGCGCACCUGAGAUCUUCAGCGAUGGUCGAGGUGUUUUCAGGCCGAACACUCGUGAAUAAAGAGGGAGAUUUGGUCGAUCCAGAGGAAGCUCUCAGGAAUAAAGUGGUUGGCCUGUAUUUCUCAGCCGGAUGGUGUCCACCCUGCCGAGACUUCACGCCGCUGCUGUGUGAUUUCUACACGGAGCUGGUGGAGGAGACCGAACCACCUGCACAGUUCGAAAUCGUGUUCAUAUCCUCUGAUAAAUCCACAGAAGACAUGGUGGAGUAUUACCAUGACAUGCACGGGGACUGGCUGGCUUUGCCCUGGACGGAUCCAUAUAAACAUGAACUCAAGAAGAGAUACAACAUCACAGCCGUACCAAAGCUGGUCAUCGUGAAGGAGAACGGUCAGGUCAUCACUGACAAAGGCCGAAAACAGAUCAGAGACCAGGGUCUGGCGUGCUUCCGGAGCUGGGUUGAGGUGGCCGAGAUCUUCCAGAACUUUAAAGCCUAGGAAUCACAUGGAGGUGUUUCCCGAAUCGCACUGAAUCCCCAAGGUCUGUUGAAACCAACAUGUACCUGCAGAAAAGAGCCAGAACAUUUUAAUGCAAAAGAUUAUCUUCAGGUCAACAACCCACACGACUAGUUAAAAGAUCCAUUCGUGCUGCUUAACAAAGUUGGUAACACUUUACAAUAAGGAUAAUAUGAACUAACAAUGAACAAUACUUCUAAAGCACUUAUUAAUCUUAGUUAAAGGGUUAGUUCACCCACAAAUGAAAAUUCUGUCAUUAAUUACUCACCCUCAUGUCGUUCCACACCCAUAAGACCUUCGUUCAUCUUCAGAACACAAAUUAAGAUAUUUUUGAUGAAAUCUGAUGGCUCAGUGAGGCCUCCAUUGACAGCGAGAUAAUUAACACUUUCAAUGCCCAGAAAGCUACUAAAGACAUAUUUAAAACAGUUCAUGUGACUACAGUGGUUCAACCUUAAUGUUAUGAAGCGACGAAAUUUCAGUGGUUCACCACUGGGGGGCGAUGAUCUCUGUGAACUAUGGAUGGCUCAGCUAAUCAGGCCAAUAAGAGACUAUUAACUACUAUUAUUCUUUUUAAUGUCUAAUUAAAACAUUUACAAAUGUAUAAAACUGAUCAGAGAUCAGGUAAAACCUAUAGACUAUGAUUCAUGGGUUCACAGAGAUCAUCGCCCCCUAAUGGUGAACAGUUGAAUUUUCAAAACGUUUUGAAACUCUUAUGACAUAACGAAGCCUCGUUUACUGAAAUCACAUGACUUUGGCAGUUUGAUACACGGCUCGAUCUACUGAUUCAAAACAGAAGAUUCGUAAAGAUUCGAAGCUUCAUGAAGCAGUGUUUUGAAAUCGCCCAUCACUAGAUAUUGUUGAAAAGUCGUUAUUUUGUUUUUUUGGCGCACAAAAAGUAUUCUCGUCGCUUUAUAACAUUAAGGUUGAACCACUGUAGUCAGAUGAACUGUUUUUAAAUAUGUCUUUAGUAGCUUUCUGGGCAUUGAAAGUGUAAAUGAACUUGCUGUCAAUGCAGGCCAUUGGAUUUCAUCAAAAAUAUCUAAAUUUGUGUUCCGAAAUUUGUGUUUGGAACGACAUGAGGGUGAGUAAUUAAUGACAUAAUUUUUAUUUUUGGGUGACCUAACUCUUUAACUAACAAUGAAGAGUUGUAUUUUUAUUAUCUAACGUUAACAAAGAUUAAUGAACACUGUAACAAAUGUAUUGCUCAUUGUUAAUUAAUGCAUUUUUUAAUGUAACCUUAUUGUAAAGUGUUACCCUGACGUUUUAACGACUUUACUAUUAUUCUUAAUAAUGUGGUAGUGAAUAAAUAUUUGACUCGUAGUGUAUUUCAAAUGCUUUUACUACUUAUUUUUUAUACAGCUGCUUUUAUAAGAAUCUAUUUAUAUGAAUCUCUAUUCUGGUAAUAUAUGAAUGCUGUGAAUCUAUGCAUCUUCUCUGAUGUUUGUUACUUGAAGAAUUGCAGAUGUUUACUGCUUCUGUUGUUAUGGAACAUCUAAAUGUUUCCUAUUCCUCUGAGUCUCAUUAAAACGCACAGAUCGUCUUCAGAGAGUCUUUUUCCACAGCACUCAGUUCCCCGGCCGUAUCUGUUUUGCUUUCAGUUGCAAAACACGCGCCGAACCCAUUCCUUUAAUAUGUCAACACCAACGUGACUAAUGGAGGAAUAUUGUGCAGAGAAAUGAGCUGUGGGAUUAUGAUUGCUCAUAUACCUGACUAAGCAAAGCGUUUGAAUUAAGAUAUGACAUUAAGAUGAGGCUAAUCUGCCAUUUCAGGGAAUAAAACAAUUAAUAUAGUGCAUAAUAAUUAACUACUGUAAUACAAUACCCGUGUUUAAUGUAAUGAGGUUCCCCACUGAAAUUUCUUUAAGCAUCUAUUUUAUUUUAUUAUAUAUUUAAUUAAUUGUCAUUUAUUUAUUUCACUGCUGUGUCAUGCCACUUUAAUCUCUUCUCUAAAUAUUUUUUCUGUAGUCACAUGUUAUUUGUAUGCCUACAUGUUAUCAAUAAAUACUACGAAUAUUAAGUCAUGA